GCGGGAAUUUGGGAUGGGAAAGAAAACAAUGUCUGAGAGGAUACAAGAGGAAACCCUUUGCCUGGUAGAAGAAUUGGUGGCCACACAAGUAGUUUCCUGGAUAUAUUUGACCAAAAGAAGAGCCUUAGAGGAAGAUGGAAGUGGCUGUAACAGGAGCUCUGUUCCUUCUUUGGGUUCUCUUCAUCUUCAUUUCCCAUUCCUUAAAAAUGUACAAGGAGAAAAGCCAGCUACCUCCAGGCCCCACUCCCUGGUUCUUCCUGGGGAACCUGCUGCAGAAAGAUGUCAUGCCUCUGAACAAAAACUAUUCAAAGCUGGUUGAGAAAUACGGCCCUAUGUUCACAAUCUGGAUGGGACCCAAACCUAUGGUCGUGCUUUGUGGAUUUGAUGUGGUAAAAGACGCUCUGGUGGAUCAUGCUGAAGCGUUUGGUGGGCGUAUUAACAGCCCCAUCAUUGAUCGAGUGACCAAAGGCCACGGGAUAGUUAACUCUAGUGACAUAGAAUGGAGAGAGCUGCGCAGAUUCACGGUUAUGACACUGAGAGACUUUGGAAUGGGGAAGAGAUCCAUGUCUGAGAGGGUGCAGGAGGAGGCUGUGUGUCUGGUGGAGGCAUUGGCAGCCACAAAAGGACAGGGCUUUGAUCCGACAACUAGAAUCACAUCCGCUGUUUCCAAUGUGAUCUCAUCAGUCAUCUUUGGGACUCGCUUUGACUACACAGACAAGACCUUCCUAAAGCACCAACGCAUUAUAGAAAAUGAAGUUGGCCUUUUUCAUACUACCUUGGGACUGCUGUACUCUGCUGUCCCUAAAAUAUUGGACUGCUUUCCUGGAAGACACCAAAAGAUUUUUUCUGAUUGUGAUGAGUUGUGUGCUUUCGUCCGUGAGAAUGUGAAAGUACACAUGCAGACGCUGGAUCCUCAGAACAUCCGUGACUAUAUUGAUUGUUUCCUUAUCAAGUCUGAGAAGGAACAAAGGUCUGCUAGUGACACCUUCAGAACCGAAAACCUUGUCAUGACAGUGUUUGGACUUUUUUUGGCUGGGACAGGAACCACAAGCUUUGCCUUGAUCUCUGGCCUCAUGGUGAUGGCUAAGCUGCCACAUAUUCAAGCAAAAGUCCAACAGGAAAUUGAUGAGGUGAUGAGUGCCACCCGUGCCCCUAGCAUGGAAGAUCGUGUGAGGAUGCCUUUCACCAAUGCAGUUAUCCAUGAGAUUCUACGAUACCCAGUAUUAAGUAAUGAGACCAUUCCCCAUACAACGUCUUGUGAUACAAAAUUCAGGGGGUUCACCUUCCCUAAGGGCACUGCUGUUACUCCAUUGUUCACAUCUGUGCACCGUGACCCUCUCCAGUGGGAGACUCCCGAACAGUUCAAUGCUGGACAUUUUUUGGAUGAGAAAGGCCAGUUCAAGAAGAAAGAUGCCUUAAUAGUCUUUUCAGCAGGGAAGCGGGCAUGCAUUGGGGAAGCCUUAGCACAGAUGGAGCUCUUCCUGUUCUUCAGUACUCUGCUUCAGAACUUCACCUUCCAGCUGGUUGGAGCGGCAAAAGAUAUGGAUUUAGCCUCUUUGUUUAUGGAGUUCAAUGCUAAAAAUGUCUGUCCUCUGAUGAAAGCCACCAGACGUUCAGUGUGAUCUUGUGACAAAAGAUAAGCAGAAAGAAUGUGAUCAGUGGCUCCCAGAAUAUUUGUAGUAGGUAGAACAGGAGUACUGCGAGGUGCCUUCCUUCACUCAUUCAACACCUCUCAGUUUUAUAUAAGGGUAAUAGCCCUAGAUAUCAGGUAUUAAAAGUUUUCUUAGCAUGGCAAACGAGAAGAGCCUUUGACCUUUCAAUCCCUAAUGUCCAGUCAGCUGUUCAUGGGCUCAUUGGCACUUAAUAAAAUGUUCCACAUCAUCA